GCAGCUCUGAGCCACCUGUCAGUCAGAGCACUAGCAGCAGCAGCAGCAGCAGCAGCAGCAGCAGGAUGGCCUCCAACACUGCAACCAUGGGAAACCUCCCCAGGGGGAUCGGAAUAUGUACGACCAUCCCAGACAUCCUCUACCUGCCUGAACUGAUCUUCGGGGGUCUGGUCUGGAUCCUGGUGGCGUGCACGCUGGUGGUGCCGGCGAACCCUCAGGGCUGGGUCAUGUUCGUCUCCGUCUUCUGCUUCACCAUGACUUUUAUCUGGAUGGUGGUGUUCGCCUGCGGGGCGCAUAACAACAGAGGCUCCUGGGCUGCUGCAGACUUUGCAUAUCACGGCAUCGCAGCCUUCUUCUACCUCAGUGCUUCGGUGGCUUUGGCCAAAGUGACCCUGGAGAUCAAGGACACGGUCCCACUGAACUCCAGGAACUACAAGCUGGACAUCUCUGCAGUGGUCUUCUCGUACGUGGCGACCUUCCUCUACUUCAUCCACACCAUCCUGUCGGCCAUCCGAUGGAAAUCUUUUUAGAGCUUUUUGAGCCGAAACAGAACUGAUUUUUAUCCUUAAAGCUUGUGCGUGAAGCAGCAACGCUGAUUUUAAGGGUGGGCUGAAGGUGGUGGAGACUGACUGCUGAGGUUUUUGUUUUUCCCUGCGCUGGGAGAGAAUAUCUGUGAAGUAACAUCUGGAUCACCGCAGCGUCUCUCAGCGUCCUGCUGUCUGAAACAGGAGAGGUUUCAGGGAUUUAAAGAGAUUGAGUUGAGGCUUUUCUGUCAACCGAUCCACAGAAACUCAUCAGCAUGUAGUUCAAGAUAGCAACUACAUCUUUACAAAUGACCAACAAGUUCAAUCAACAACAAACUGCUUAGGGUUGGGGGCCUUUUAUGAUGCUUUCUGCAAACUCUUCUCCUCUGAGCAUCUUUACUGGUCUGUCAUUUUUCUUUUGGUUUAGUUUGGUUUUCUUGUUUUCCUCUCAGCUGUUUAAAAGGAUUCUGAUGUGGCUGCUUUUAUACUUUUAUAAGUUUGUUAACCAGAUAAUGUUAUUUCAUGUGGACAUUUUGUAAGGUGAGCUGGUGUAACUGACUGCUUCGGUUUUGUACACACGUUGAGACUGCAUAAAGAAAAACAUGAAAUCUG